AUGUACCGCAGCCUUGUCGGAAGCAUCAGGUACUUGGUGAACACACGCCUAGAUUUGGCUUUCUCUAUUGGCUAUGUUAGCCGGUUUAUGGAUGAACCACACGAGAAGCUUGCAGUUGUCAAGUACAUUCUGCGUUACAUCGCAGGAACAAGCAACUGGGGGCUCCGGUAUGCAAGAAAGAAAGAUUCACGGGCAGAACUGCUAGGAUUCAGUGAUAGUGACCUUACAGGUGAUGUUGGCAGUAGAAAGAGCACAACCAAAGUCAUUUUCUUCCUUUCCAACAACCCAAUCACUUGGCAAUCAACAAAGCAUGGCAUUGUCAAGCUGUGA